CUCACUCGAAAUAAUUUUUUUAAGGAAAAAAAUACAGAUUUCCUUGAUUCCUAGUUAUUCCUUCUCAUCAUUAAGUCAUGAACACGGGACUGACUAGUCCAUUCCAAUCUCCCCCCUUUCUCUCUCUCUCUCUCUCAUCACCACCACCACCACCACCAACCGAACCAAACCAACGAACCACCAAGUAACCACCGGCGAGCUGGCGAUGCCAUCAAUCUCGCCUUCUAUGCGCGUCUCGCCAUGGUCUUGAAGAAGUGCACCAUCUGCGACCGCCGCUUCAAGAAGACAGAGCACUUUAAGCGCCACGAGCGCUCGCAUACCAAAGAGCGUCCGUACGAGUGCCAGGUCUGUCAUAAGCGGUUUUCGAGAAGUGACGUCCUUGGUCGACACGCAAAAGGCCACAAUCAAGCGAACGGAGCGACAGUCCGCAGCAGGAAUAAUGCCGUUGAUGAGUCGGCACAGGCCUCGCGACCGUCUGCGAUGGCGGCCACGGCGGCUAUGCCCGGUGUUGCUCUGAAUCAUAAUAAUAAUAAUGAUGAUCUCCAUACUCUCCCCGCACGCGUCGAUGGGCUCACCGGAACCCCCCACCAGGCGGCCGCGACGAUGACCUCUCUACCCCCCGCGAACAUUCCGUCAUCGUCGUUGGGCUUCCUCGCCGAUAUCUCCUCUCACCAGCGCCGGACGGAACCGCGGCUCGACCCCUCGACGGCCAUCGAGGGCCAGCAACCGUCGUAUCUCGGGUGGAACGAGGUUGUAUCGCUGCAUCCGCCGGGGCUGCGGGCGCCUGACCCGAUGCCGAACGAUCUGUUACAGCUGUGGUUGGAGCCGUGUGCGGAGAGCGGAUCGCAGGCCAGCUUCGGGGACCAGCAGGGCACGCCGCAGCCCGGCGACAGCAUCCGGACCGGCGACGACAUCCCCAACGAGCGGUUUGCCAAGGUCCAGCGCUGCUGGAUGGCUCCCUCGAACCACAAAGGCCGGCUAAUGAACACGCUCUGGCGAGACCUCGCCACCUGCUCGCUCGACAGUAUCUUCUCCGCCCAGCAACCAGAGGACCAGCCGUCCUUUUUCCCCGACCAGCGAGUCGACUUGGGUGAGGCUCUGCGCUACGGUCUGGACGAGGAGUGCAGACAGCACCUGCUCGCCAUGUUUGGUCCGCUGCGUCUCGUUCACCACCCGCAGCUGGAUGAUUCGAAUCCAGACUCCCAUCUUCCUCCUCAUCAUCUUUCACCAGCGGCCACCACCGCCGCCAAUCCCGCAUCCUUCCCGCCAGUCGAGGUACUCGAUAUGGCGCUCGACCUGUACUUCCGCAACUUUCAUCCCCUCGUGCCCUUUGUGCAUCUGCCUUCCUUCUACGCGAAAAGGACGCGUCUCCCUCUGCUCUACGUCAUGUGUCUGAUAGGCAUGGUCAUGCUGGGAACCAAAGGCACUACCGACUUUGUUUCGAGGAAUUUCACCUCGGUUCUCGACAAGCUCACCGUAGAGUUGACGCGGUGCUCGCUGGGGGCAAACCACCCUAUAGACACUAUGUCGACAUUCGCCGCGGCUCUUUUGUUUCUUCACCUUGCUGCUUUGACGGGGGAGAAAGACCAUCUGGAACAGUGUCAGAUGCUCUACGUAAAUCUCAUGUCGAUCGCACAGCGACAUGGAUUGUUCGCGGCAAACGAAGGUCAGAUCCUAGACAUGAGUCUCUUUGAGGCGGUCUCGGAUAUGGACUUGCGGUGGAAAGCCUGGAGCAGGGUCGAAGCGGUCAAGAGGCUGAUCGUCGCUCUCUUGUUACUCGACUCAUGGUACUCUUCGUUUUUCUCGACCGGUCCCAUCAUCGUGCCCGACUCGGUACAGCUUAUACUGCCGUGCGACAGCUCGCUUUUCCGAGCCUCUAAUUCCAUGCGGUGGAUGCAGCUGGUCCAUAGCGGCAAGCGCAUCUUGAUGCCCACGGUGAUGGCUCCGUCGGAGAACAUCGAGCUGCCGAAAUUAGAAAGCUCCGUCGAUGGCUUCGGCGUGCAUGCGGUGCUGGCGAUGAUUGAGCUUCGAUUGACGGAAUCCUACCAUCGCCUGCUGUCGAACCGGGCGCACUACCCUUUCGCUCCCUGCCACACGUAUGCCAUGGACGGACGGGCCAGAUGCCUCCCAUCUCUGCAGCUGCAGGUUGCGAACCACUAUGGAGAGAUGCUUGAGCGGCUCACGCCGAACUCGACCAUCAUGUGGCAUCACAUGUGCAUGAUGUUGACGGCAGACAUCCAAAUCUUUGAAUUGGCCGCGGGUCGGGCGGGGCCUGGACCAGCCCGCAAGGCCCUGGACGAUGUCGCAGCCUGGUCGCAGACACCCGCGGCGCGCCGGGCCUGUCUGCACGCCGCACAAAUCUACCGGGCCAUGACCAAUCGCAAAGCGUCGGACCACACCAUGUUUCACUCGGUGGUCUCGCUGUUCAACGCCGCCCUGGUCCUCGGUCUGUAUACGUUCAUGGUGCCGCCGUCGGCCGAGUCACAGGUGGGCACGAGCUCCAUCGAAGUGUUUGACGACAUCGACUGGAAGCAGGUCGGGUCGGAAGGGUUCACCAGCUUCAUGGAACCGCUGGGCAGCCAGUCGUUCGCCCCGAGCGACGACGCAGUCGUCAAUUUCAUCCGCAACGGAGGCACCAUCUACCUGCGCGGAGUUCCCUUUCGCGGCGGCUAUCUCUCUGCGCGACGCAUUCUGCUCGACUAUGCAGGCCUCUUGAAAGACGCAGGCAAAUGGAGUGUUCGCAAAUUCUCCUAUGUCCUGCACAUCAUGAGCGACGUAUUGAUGGAUGUUGACUAGUUUAUAUAUAUAUAUAUAUAUAAAAAAGAAAUGAUUACCUCCUUGCUAUAGUUAUCUACUGUACAUUAUUCAGUUUUCUAGAGAGUCACCCGAACAAGACCUCCCUCUCCUCCGGCGUCAUGUAGACGCUCAACGCGUGCUUCCACCCAUCGAUAAUCUCCGACUCGCUGCCACGCGCAAUUCCACGCUGCCCACGCCCGCGACGCGCGCCACGCCCGCCCGUCCGUCCUUCACAGCCCGGUACGUCGUGAAGGCGCCUCGGUCUUUGGCAUAAUGGCUGUUCCCACUGACUAGCAUCCAGUCCCAGCAGCGACGGGGCGGGGCGUGGAACCGUUUUUGCCUUUUGGCGAUGGGCGAGGUGGAGUCCAUAUUGUUGGAUUAUUUACUUAUUAGGGAUUUUAAAGAUAGUUGUAAUUGCUUC